AAUUUUAAAUUUUUAAUUAGUGCAUAUACGGUAAAAUAAAUUAUUUUCUUUAUUUUAUAAAAUAAUGUAAUCUAAAAUAAAUAAAAAAUCUAGAAAAAAGAAACUUUUUGUAAAUUAAUAAAAUAUCAUAGUUCCAACAUUAUUAAUUUACAGAAUUUUUACUAUAGUAUCUACGAAGUAUUUAAACUAAUAAUUAAAAAUUUAAAAACAUUUAUUUAGUUGAGAUCUCUUAUCACAAAUUUUAUGAUCCUAGGAUAAACUUUCUCCAAAUAGUAUUUAUAAAGUCAUAUAAAUAAGAGGACAUUUCAAGAAAUACCAGGAGAAAUAAAAAAUGGGAAGGAAGAAAAUUGAAUUGAAGACAAUAGAAUGCCCAAAGGAGAAAAGUAUCAAAUACUCAAAACGUAAAAAGGGACUUUUAAAAAAGGCCGAGGAAAUGGCGGUAUUGUGCGAUAGUGAUAUAAUUCUCCUCGUCUUUUCUCCCACCUCCAAGCCAAACCUUUUCUAUCCUCAUUCUAGACCUCUUAGUAGAAUCUUGGAGAAGCUUUCCAUUAUGUCAGAAUAUGAACGGGAAGAGAGGAGAGCCUACACAAAAAAGACGUUGAUGAAGCUGUUGAAGAAUAAAAAUGUAGAAAUUCCCAAUGAAAAUCGUAAUCAUUCUUUGGAAAGAGAUGAAGUCCAGUUUCAAGAAGAUGAUAAGGUAAUUGAACUGGGAGAAACUAGAGAAUUGCUUGAUGAGAAUACAUCAAUUCUGAGGAACUGGCAAGACCCGCAUAGAGUUGAUGAUUUAGCCCGACUCACAAUAAUGGAAGACCAUCUAGUUUCUAUUCUUAGCCUGAUCAGAAAGGUUCAAUUGAAAAUGGGUAGCAAAACUCAGAUGUGAUUUCAAAUUGAAAACAUUAUUGUUUACUUAGCCCAUUAAAGAUCGGAAGAAUAUACUAUAUCUAUAUAUAUAUAUAUAUAUAUAUGUAUAUGUAUUUACUAUUAUGUUAAUUAUGUACUUAUUGUAAAACCAACAUACAAAUCGUGCUAUGUAUUGAUAUGUGUUGUAAGUAAAAAAAACGAAUUGAAGUGAAUUGUUAUUAAUAAUGAAUGAUUUGUGAA